UCCAUACAGGUGUUUUUACUCUAUCGUCCCCUUUUCACAAAGACAAUGUCUCUCCUUCACUCUCUUUGCUUUGCCCUCCUUCUUUCUCUUUGCAGUGGCUCUCACGUCCAACGGCAGGCUGUCCCUCUUGAUGGGCUUCUCCCGAAUGGAAACUUUGAGCAACUCCCUCGUAAAUCAAACAUGAACAAGAGGCAGAUCGUUGGCAAAUACUCACUCCCACACUGGGAAAUCUCCGGCCACGUGGAGCUCGUCUCCGGCGGCCCUCAGCCCGGCGGCUUCUACUUUCCGGUCCCACGUGGGGUCCAUGCGGUGAGGCUAGGCAACCUAGCCUCGAUCUCUCAGAACUUGAGGGUGAAGCCUGGCUCGACCUAUUCCAUAACGUUCGGGGCCACACGUACCUGCGCUCUGGACGAGAGGAUCCGAAUCUCGGUGUCGGGACAAGCGGCCGAACUGCCAAUUCAGACAUUGUUCAGUUCUAAUGGCGGCGAUACCUACGCUUGGUCCUUCAGGGCAGUUUCUAACGUUGUUAAGCUCACUUUCCAUAAUCCUGGUGUUCAAGAAGAUCCUUCUUGUGGGCCCCUUUUGGAUGCUGUUGCCAUUAAGGAGAUGCCUCCUCUCCGGUACAACAAAGGGAACCUGGUGAAAAACGGAGGAUUCGAGAUCGGCCCGCACGUGUUCAAGAACUUCUCCACCGGAAUCUUGAUUCCGGCGAAGAUCCAAGACGUGAUUUCUCCUCUCCCCGGUUGGAUCGUCGAAUCCCUCAAGCCGGUGAAGUACAUCGACAACCGCCAUUUCAGUGUCCCCGCCGGACUCGCCGCCGUCGAGCUCGUCGCCGGCAGAGAGAGCGCCAUCGCCCAGAUCAUCCGUACAGUUUCCGGCAGAAACUACACGCUGUCCUUUACCGUCGGUGACGCCCGCAACGGCUGCCACGGCUCGAUGAUGGUGGAGGCGUUCGCAGCGAAGGAGACGCUGAAACUGCGUUUCGAGUCGCUCGGAAACGGCGUUUUCAAGAAGGGGCGUUUGGCGUUUAGGGCCGUAUCGGACCGCACGAGGAUAACGUUCUACAGUGGGUUUUAUCAUACGAAGCUUCACGACUUUGGGCAUCUUUGUGGGCCUGUUCUUGAUGAUGUCGAGGUUGUUCCGGUCCAUUAAUUGAGAUUCGUUUUUCUAAUCAAAUCUUAAAUUUAAAUGGAAUGAUAAAUGUUUUUAUUCUA